AUGGCUUCUAAAAGCGAUGAUUAUCAAAUGGUUAAACGAGGUCGAAUGAAAUUCAAAGGAAAUAAGUCACUAAUAACUAGUGAAGUUGAUCUUCAUGGUGGUAUAAAUAUAUGUAUUGAGUGUAGUACCACACCUGGGAUGUACUUAGCUGCUAUGGAUAACGGUCGAUUUACGAUUGGCGAACCUCACGUAACAGGUGAAGGGCCUAAUCCAGAGGAGAUAUUUACAUUAAUAAAAACGCCAGAUGAUGAGCUGAUCAGUAUGAAAACAGGUUUUGGAAAAUAUAUUGGUGUGGAUUCGGAAGGAAAUCUUAUUGCUAUGGCUGAUGCUGUUGGCACCAGAGAACGGAUGAUUGUUGUUUUUCAAGACGGGAAAACAGCAAUACAGUCCGCCUCGAAUAAUCUUUUCUUAAGCAUGAAGCCUGACAUUAAAGGAUAUGUAAGUGUCGUCAGUCGUAAGGCUCAGGAUAAUGAAAUGAUUAAUCUAAGAACCGAUGUUAAAAAAGAAAAACAUACUGAUUGGCUCAAUGAAGAUGAUAAGAGGUCAGCGGUGGAAUGUGAAACGAGCUACAUAAGAAUGUUCCAACAUUCGAAAGUUGCUACAAAAGGAAAAUAUAUAAAUAUCGAUUUGAAUGAUAAGGAAUCUGUGCGUCGUGCUCAGGAAGAAGGUAACUUACAUGAGCUUCUACUGGAACGACGAGUCAAAACAAAAAGUGACAAAUAUUGCUAG